AUGGAAGGUACUCCAGCAAGAGAGUAUCUAAAUAACUUCAUUGUUGGGUCUGUGCCAACCAUUUUUUACAUUCCCGACUACAUCGCUGCUGCGGAAGAAGACCAGCUCUUGAAUAAUAUUUAUCAAGCUCCGAUUUCCAAGUGGAAAUCUUUGAAAAAUCGGAGGCUACAAAAUUGGGGAGGUACUGUGCACGAAAAGGGUCUUCUAGCGCAAGACUUGCCACCUUGGCUUAAAAAAAUUACACAUAGGAUCUCUGAAGAAUCAAGGUUGUUCCCAUCAGAAAUUAAUCAUGUGCUUAUCAAUGAGUACCUUCCUGACCAAGGAAUUAUGCCGCACCAGGAUGGACCUGCCUAUGUACCUGUGGUGGCAAUUCUGUCUCUCGGAUCAUCUGUUGUUAUGGACUUCACUCCCCAUCCAAGUUUGAACAACUCCACUGACACAUCAGGAAACAAUAUUGAUGAUAAAACCUUGAAACCAGAACAUAUGACGGUGAAUUCUAGGGAAGAGUUGAACGAAUACAAACCCUUUUCUGUAUUACUGAUGCCUCGCAGUUUGUUGAUAUUUAAAGACAAGGCAUAUUCAGACUACUUGCAUGGUAUAAAAGAUAAUGAGAUGCUGCGAUAUGAUGAGGCUGUAAAUGUUGCCAAUAGCAUGAAAAGUCACGAACGAGCAAAGCCCAUGUUAGGCUCGAAGGCGGCAACUGAUGAUAAUGAAACUGGAGGUGACACUGUCAUUCACAGGACUAGAAUUGCUCAAAUGGUAAUCAAGCUGAGCACGUGGUGCAUAUUAGCCCUUGUUUGA